AUGAAUACUCGAGAUGAAGCGCACCAUUUAGAUGCCUACGAAGUCUCUAUACCUCUGGUGGAUAGUAUGCCAGCAAAUUUUCUGUCCACACCCGACCCGAUUCCAGAAGCCAGCAGGAAAGCAGAGCGUGAUCUCACACCUAACUUGGCGGAUCCCUUUCUACCCAACGCUAUUUCAUCCUCCAUAGCUGUGAAGCCCUUGGCUCCAACGUCUCGUGCUACCAUGGUACUGAGUCCUGUGAGCCCAAAUGGGCAGCCAUCCCUAACUUCAUUGGGCCCCGUCCUAGCAAUGACCUUGCUUUUGACCUCCGGGAAGCGCCAUCCAUAUAAAAUCGAUGAGAGAUACCUUUCAAGUCGGAAUGUAACGAUUCCCGGUACUACAGAAGACGGAAAAAAAGACCCAUAUAGUAUUAGUGUCUACACACUAAAGGAGUUGAUCCUACGUGAAUGGAGAGAUGAAUGGGAACUGCAGCCCAGUAGUCCAAGUAGUAUACGUCUCAUUUUCUUCGGACGCUUACUAGAUGACAACACGGCAUUGCUGAAUUGUAGGCUAAAUAAAGAAUCCUCAAACGUAAUACACAUGACUGUCCGUCCACAGGAUCUUGUCGACGAUGAAGAUGCGUCAAAAGGCAAAAUUCUAUCCAAAGAUCGGGACAAUGGAGACGCUACUGCCGGCUGUCGCUGUGCGAUAAUGUAG